UGCAUUCAUCCCCACAUUUUCUUCUCUCUCCAAACCAAAACAUUCUUUUCUUUUCUUUUCUUUUCUUUUCACUCAUCAUCCUUUUGAAUCUGCUACUAGUAAGACCAAACAAACUUCAACCUUAACUGUUUUUUCAACUUUGAUCCUCUUCCACACACAAAUCCUUAUUCCUAAAUCAAUAAAUAGAAAACAAAUAUAUACAUAAAAGACCCACCUUAAAGGACAAAAAAGAAACAAAGAAAAAACACUAGUCUUGUUUUCUUUGACUACACCACAAUUUGUGGGGUGUCUCUUAAAUCAUUGCUUCUCACUUUUGUCUGCCAAAGUUACAAUCUUUUCAACUAGCAUUUGCUUAUUCCAGCUAAUUUACAAGAUUUCUCAUUAGGGUUUUUCUCAACUAGCAUUUGUUUGAAUUGUUAUGGAUGGUGAGAAACUGAAGCAAAAUGUGGUUUUUGAACUUUGAUGAAGGUGUUGGAAGUGUAAAUGAGAGAUUUUGAGAGAUGGGUUGUGUGUUCGGUAAACAGUCAUCAGUGGAAGAGAGGAGAGAGGAAGUGAGAGAAGUGAAAGUAGAUGUGGGUGGUGGUGGUAGUGGUAGAGAGGUUGAGAAUGUGAAAGAGGGUGGAGAGGAGAAGAGAGUAAGGCCUAGUGGGGAGAGAAGGAGAAGAUCUUCGAAGGCGAAUCCGAGGUUGAGUAAUCCACCUAAUAAUGUUCAUGGUGAACAGGUUGCAGCUGGUUGGCCUUCUUGGCUUUCUAAGGUUGCUGGUGAAGCUAUUAAUGGAUUGGUUCCUAGGAGAGCUGAUACUUUUGAGAAGCUUGAUAAGAUUGGGCAAGGUACAUACAGCAAUGUUUACAAAGCUAGGGAUACUUUAACAGGGAAGGUUGUAGCCUUAAAGAAGGUCCGUUUCGACAAUUUAGAGCCUGAGAGUGUGAAGUUCAUGGCCAGAGAGAUUCUGAUUCUGCGUCGUUUGGAUCAUCCCAAUGUUGUCAAACUAGAAGGCUUAGUGACAUCUAGAAUGUCAUGCAGUUUAUAUCUUGUGUUUGAAUACAUGGCACAUGAUCUGGCUGGACUUGCUACAAACCCUGCAAUUAAGUUCACGGAGCCUCAGGUAAAAUGUUACAUGCAUCAGCUAUUUUCUGGGCUGGAACAUUGUCACAACCGUCACGUGCUGCAUCGUGAUAUAAAGGGUUCAAACCUUCUUAUUGAUAAUGAUGGAGUUCUCAAGAUUGCUGAUUUUGGAUUAGCUUCCUUCUUUGAUCCCGAUCACAAGCACCCUAUGACCAGUAGAGUCGUGACUUUAUGGUAUCGACCUCCAGAACUUCUUCUUGGAGCCACUGAAUAUGGUGUAGGCGUGGACCUCUGGAGUGCUGGCUGCAUUCUUGCAGAAUUGUUGGCUGGAAAACCCAUCAUGCCUGGUCGAACAGAGGUGGAACAGCUACAUAAGAUAUUUAAGCUAUGCGGUUCUCCUUCUGAAGACUAUUGGAAAAAGUCAAAGUUGCCGCAUGCUACCAUUUUUAAGCCCCAACAAUCAUACAAGCGAUGCAUAGCGGAGACUUUUAAGAAUUUUCCGCCAUCAUCCCUGCCAUUGAUCGAGACCCUUCUUGCAAUCGAUCCAGAUGAACGUCUGACUGCCACUGCUGCACUGCAUAGUGAAUUCUUUACUACUAAACCAUAUGCCUGUGAUCCCUCCAGCCUUCCUAAAUAUCCUCCCAGCAAGGAGAUGGAUGCGAAGCUACGGGAUGAAGAAGCCAGAAGAUUGAGAGCAGCUGGUAGAUCAAAUGCUGAUGGUGUCAAGAAAUCACGUCCACGUGAGCGAGUAAGGAGGGGACUUCCCGUUCCAGAUGCCAAUGCUGAACUGCAAGCAAAUAUUGAUAGACGGCGAUUGAUCACACACGCAAAUGCUAAGAGCAAGAGUGAGAAAUUUCCUCCUCCCCACCAAGACGGAGAUCUAGGCUAUCCUUUGGGUUCUUCACAACACAUGGAUCCAGUUUUCGAUGCUUCCGAUGUUCCAUUCAGUUCCACAAACUUGUCACUACCCAAAGCAGAUAUCCAUACUUGGUCUGGUCCAUUGGUAGAUCCUGGCAGCAUUGGUGCACCGAGGAGAAAGAAGAAACACGGCAGGUGACGAACAUAUACAAUCCAAAUUCAUCAAAGAACUCAGAAUGAUGAGAAUGUAUCAGGAGUCAAAGAAAUCUUUAUUCUUGUGUAGUAUAUUUAACACCAAUCAUUUUUUAGGAGUAUUCGCGAAGCUGCAAAUGUUGAUCUUGUAUAUCCCAGUUUUCUUUUUUCCACUUAAAUUAAAGAAUUUAAUUAGGUUAGAUGAACAUCUAAUAAAUAGUUUUUUUAUUUUUAUUUUUAUAAUGGUGGUGGUUUAUAUUUCUCCCUAAUAUUGAUACUUGCUCAGACAAUUUUUGUUC